AUGCCUGCUAUUCCCCAAGCGAGCCGUCUGCUCGAUCUCUUCAGCCUCAAGGGCAAGGUCGUGGUCGUCACCGGUGCCUCCGGUUCCCGCGGCAUGGGAAUUGAAGCAGCACGUGGCUGUGCCGAGCUGGGUGCCGAUGUCGCCAUCACAUACUCGUCCCGCAAGGAGGGCGCUGAGAAGAACAUCCAGGAGUUGACCAAGGAGUACGGCGUUAAGGCCAAGGCCUACAAGCUCAACGUUACCGACUACAACGAUGUCGAAAAGGUCAUCAACCAAAUUGUUUCCGACUUUGGAAAGAUUGACGGAUUUGUCGCAAACGCUGGCGCUACGGCCGACACGGGAGUCGUUGACGGGACCGCCGCCGCCUGGGACCACGUCAUCCAGAUUGAUCUCAAUGGAACAGCCUACUGUGCCAAGGCCGUGGGUGCUCAUUUCAAGAAGCAGGGCCACGGUUCGUUUGUCAUCACGGCCUCCAUGUCGGGUCACAUUGUCAACUACCCGCAGGAGCAGACGUCGUACAAUGUGGCUAAGGCAGGCUGCAUCCACCUGGCCCGCUCGCUCGCCAACGAAUGGCGCGGCUUUGCGCGCGUGAACUCCAUCUCCCCCGGCUACAUCGACACGGGCCUCUCCGACUUCAUCGACAAGGAAACCCAGGAGCUGUGGAGGAGCAUGAUUCCCCUCGGACGCAACGGUGACGCCAAGGAGCUCAAGGGAGCCUACGUCUACCUUCUCAGUGACGCUAGCACCUACACAACUGGCGCCGACAUCGUAAUUGAUGGUGGCUACACCUGCCGGUAG